AUGCUAGAUGUGCUUGAUGUUUUAUCCGUGAACUCGGAGAGUCCGCAAGUUGGGAGGAAAGGAAGUGUUGGGAAUCGAAGCUCGAAACUCCCGGCACCGCCAGCUCAUGAGUCGACGCUGGAGAGAUUGUGCAAGAUCAAUGCCCGGGUGAUUCGCUCAAUCAAUCUUAACUCAGCACCCGCAUCUUCUCUCCUGGUGCCCGAAUAUGAAGUACUUGUUGUUGGGAAGUAUAAUGGAGAGAUAGUUUUUGUCCCAUUCACUCUCGAUUUGGCGCAUUCCUUUCGCACUCCAUCUGUGAUAAUCAAUCGUCAGCGGGUCAAAUCACCGAUCACUGCCUUAACCAUCGGAAAAGUGUCGCCAAAUUUUCCAAACGAUAUGAUUGUUUCGAUCUCAGCAAACGGAUUUCUUCAAAUUAUCCAGGCGCCUUCGUUGGACGGGACGAUUGCACCACAUGUUCUUCACACUCAAAUGAUCCACGCAAAUAUCAUGUCUGCUUAUUUACAUCCGGUGGAGAAACGACAGUCUAUGGAGUUGAUCGUCGUGAUGACGGAUCGAGUUGUGAGAACAUUUCGGUGGGACGAUGAACAGAAACGUUUCCUGGUGGUCGGGAAAUGGGAGCUCACUGGGCAAAUCAUGGCGAUCGCUAUCGGAGAUAAUCCAUUGCGCGGUACAGAGUGUUGGGCUAAGUUGCACACGUCAAGGCGCUUUGUCAGCUGUCGAUUGGGAGCCAACAAAUCGGUCUCAAUCCACCAAAUGGCCACCGACACUCCGGAAAAGCUAAUGAUCAUGCCGUAUCGGUGCUAUUUUGUGGACAUGUUUGAGCCAAAAGCUCAAGAAGUGAUCAUUCAUGCAAAUCUCCGCGAACGUCGACUUUUUUCUCCAUCCAAAGAAUUGGCCUCUUUCGCCACGUUGAGAUUAGCGGGUGUGAACAUUUUGGCGAGUAUCGAUCGAUACGGACUCGUCUUCAUUCACGCAUACAACGAGAAAACGAUUAAGUUAUUCGUCAUCCCACCAAUUAUCCAAUUCACUUCACUACCCGAAUGUGUUCGCUUAUCGAUUUGUCACUACAACGGCUUUCUCGUGAUUGCGGUCACUUCUCACUCGAAAAAGGUUCAAAUUCACACGAUCUCCAUCGACUUCAUUAUGGAUUUGGUGGGCGAGAUGGAGGAGUCGGUUCCAGCGAGCGAAAUGUUGAACGCAAAGGGCGAGAUUGACCCAAAACUCGAGCCGAUUCCAUCUUCAGUU